AUCUUUUUAAAAAUAACAAUAAAUAAAUAAAUGAAAAAAAAAAGAGAGAGAAAAUUCGAUUUGGCGGGAAACAGAUAUCAUAAAACUCCCUCCAAUUCAAGACCAUUUCCCAAAACCCUUUCUCCUAAAUCUUCAGCUUCUUCUUCUUUCCUCCAAUUUCUCUCACACACACACACACAAUUGAAAGAUGAAAUUCAAAGCAUUCCUCACAGACAACGGCAUCAAUCUGUUGGAGAAGCGGAUCCUAGCCGCCCUGGACAAAAUGGGGCGGGUAUGCCACCUGUACCUGACCCGCGACCACGCCUUCUUCCUCCACAACCUCCUCUCCGUCGACGGCGUCCACUCCGUCGCUCAAUUCAGCAAGGAAUCCCUCUUCCACGACUACCGCAUCUCCAGCAACAACGACGACCGCAUCGCCUUCUCCGUCGAUCUCUCCCUCCUCCACCGCGCCCUCCGCUCCGUCCUCGCCGUCCGCGACUCCAAUUCCAACGCCCUCCUCAUCAAGCUGGUCAAAAAGCUCCCCCCAAAUUCCACCCAAGCCACGCCGUUCCUCACCUUCGAGGCCAGGGGCCACCGAUCCGCCGUCGUCCAGGACGUCCCCAUCUCCAAACCCCUCUCCCGAGCCGACGUCCAAGAGCUCCACCUCGCCGUCGAGAGCUGCGAGCAGCUCCCGGCGACUCUCGUCAUGGCGCCGGAGCUCAGUUCUCUCCACAGUUUCGUCGACGGGAUGAAGCACGUCGGGGACGUGAUGGCGGUCUCGGUGAGCAAGUAUGGGGACCUGCAUUUGCAGAUAUCCACAUCGCUGAUCGCGCUGGGGGCCGAGUUCAGGAAGCUGAAGGUCUUGGGGGAGAGGGCCGAUCCGGUGGCCGAGGACAACGGGCUUGGCGCGAAGACGAGGGUGGAGAGAGGCGUGCAGAGGGGGGAUGCGAUGACUGUGCAGGUGAGCGUGAAGCAUUUCUUCAAGAGCCUUCAGUGUAGUUUGGCGAAGCCCGACUGCGCCUUCUUUGGGAUCGCUCCGCAGGGUGCUUGCCUCAUGGUGUUCUUCCAGUUCUUUGUUCCCGGGACGAGGGUCACGGAUAAGUCGUUUAGCCUGCACUGCAAGCUGCCUGUGCUCGACACCGGCUCCAGCUGAGGAUAAAGAUUAGCAAUGUUGAUUUACAUUUGAGGCCUGUACUUGAUGCUAUGUUGCAAUACUAGUGAUACAAACUCUCACGUGUUGAAUUGCAUUUUUAUCUGUUCA